AUGGAUUAUAGAUGUAUUUUGAUGGCAAUUAUGUAUUUCAUAAUAAUACACAAAGCUGAACAAUAUGAAUAUCUGGCUCUCGGUAAGACGGGGACAGUGAGUCAGAGAUACAACAACAAGGACUUUGAUCCAAGCCUCGCUGUGGACGGUGACCACAGUACGGACCUGUUAAAGUGUUCCUUAACUGCUUCCGGUCAGAAAGAGGCGUGGCUUACUGUGGACUUAGGGGAGAAGAAAAACAUCGCAUCUUUUUCCUUAAUACAUGGCGGAUUCGAAACAGAUCCUAAUGAUUCCGGAUGGCUCUGUCGCAGUCACUUUACAGCGUAUGAUGCUCAAGUUGUGUGUUUGAUAUGGGGAUUCUUACCAGACAAUGGUGUUAUUGGUUGGACUGGCACAACAUCUUCUUCCUUCUCAAGCAGAAAUUAUGAAUGCGUUGGGAAUGAAACAAGUAUACAUGAUUGUCCAAAUAACGACAAAAAGUGUACUUCCGACACGCAGUUCCUCCCAAGGACCACUCUUAGUUGUAAAAAAGGAAAUACGUUGUCCGGAUUUUCCGUCUAUGUGUCAGAUACAACUGACUGGAGAUUAGGGAAUUUGUGUUAUCAACACGACAUAGAACAGCCACUGAAUAACACCGUUACUAUCGACUGUUUUACUUCCGGUCGUUAUGUUACGAUUUAUAAUUCAAGGAAAAAUACAGAUGCAUCCUUUGUAUCGGAGUUCGCUUACAUCAAUAUUUGUGAAUUAAACAUAACAGGUUGCAACAUCGGUUUUUAUGGAGAAAAUUGCACAAAAUGUCCAGCUAACUGCUUAAAUGACACUUGUCAAUUUCAAAUCGGGCAUUGUUUUAAUUGUAAAGAUGGAUUCAACGGCGAAAUGUGUGAAGAAGAAUACCCUUCUACGCUUUACGGGACACAUUGUAACACGACUUGCAGUGAAUACUGUCAAAACAGAAUAUGUAAUCAUAUAAAUGGCUACUGUCUAGAGUGUAUUGAAGCUCGCAUUGGUAAUUUUUGUGAAAAUAUAUUAGCUGCACAAGCAGCCUUUCCAAUAGUCUCGUUCUUAAUCGCAACAACUUCUAUUUUAUUCGUAUUAGUUGUUGUACUUACAUUUUUCACUUUGAAACGGAAAUGUAUGUCUUUAAGAAAAACGUCAAAACUAGAUUACGAUGUUUCGGACGUAAAAACCAUUGACAGGAAAUAUGAGACUCUUCAAAGGAAGACAGUAGCAGAAAACGCUGGAACAGAUACAACAGCUGAGUACAUGGAGAUAUCAGCUAUUACCUCUGACAUUAAUUAGAAUAUAUAAUUUUUUGACUUAAACACUGUUUGCACAUCUAAUCAAAGAAUAUGUUCGAAUCA